GUUCCUAUCACGGAUAUGGCCGCCACGAGCCGCUACGGCUCACUGGGUUCCAGGGGUCUUGGUCGCUUUCCUUUCCUCCCACCAGAGCUGCCAAGAACUUAGUCAGGCUGAACGGCUGCGACCUCAGCUGCGAUGUCUUCGUCGUCACCUUCAUCAACGUCUUCGGUUUCUUCGUCAACAGAAACAGCGUCGGCAUCUCAAGGCCCAUCAACGACAAGCCAAGGCAAUCUCUACUUGUUCACCUUUCUAUCGACUCUUUUGGUCCUGCUGAUAAUAUCCUGUUCCAUCGUCUUCAGGUCCUUUGUGCUUCGGCGAAGAUACCAGCGUCGAUUAGCAGAGGCACUUGCUGUAGGAGCCGUGCUUGCACCGAGAGUCCAAGGGUCGCGUAAGAAACGAUUCAGGACACGACCCAAGUUCUAUGAUACUUGGAUUUCCGAUGCAGAAAAAACCUCAAUUUGGGCAGAUCUCAUGCCUGUCUCUGUACUACCCGUCAAAACGAAGAGGAAAGUAAAGGAGACCGAACCGAUCAAAACGCAAUACGAAACACGAACGGAAACUCUACUCCAGCGUCUGUUCGCAUCUCACUUUUUGCUGCGAAAUUCUCGUCCCGGUUCCGGAAGUCGAACUCCUACAUCGGAUUCUGACAGUAGCAAUCCUCCUAGUCCCGGUAGUUCCGGCCUGGUUGUACCUCAGGAAAAGCCAUAUCCCUUAUCAACCCCUAGCCCCCAGAAAAAUCUUGUUCAAGUUACAGUACUGGUUGAGAUGCCUUCCCCCCGUCGGCUCUCAGCUAUUCCAUCUCAGGAAGAACAGAUUCCUGAGGUGGUGUUUGGUGUUACCCGCUUGCACUGCCGAGAUACACAACCCGAUAUAUAACUCCCUUAGCAGAUAGGGACCCUUCUUGGCCUCAGGAUUGCUUCAUUCUGCAUAUGCACCUGCUGUUUGCUUUCACCGCUCUUCGCGCCAU